GAGAAGGAAGAGGAGGAGAAGGAGAGGAGGCCCCCCCGGGGGUCCCCGCGCCCCCCAGCCGCCACCAUGCAGGAGCUGAUCGCCAGCGUGGACCACAUCAAGUUCGACCUGGAGAUCGCCGUGGAGCAGCAGCUGGGCGCUCAGCCGCUGCCCUUCCCCGGCAUGGACAAAUCCGGGGCCGCUGUCUGUGAAUUUUUUUUGAAAGCCGCCUGUGGAAAAGGUGGCAUGUGCCCUUUCCGCCAUAUCAGUGGCGAGAAGACGGUCGUCUGCAAGCAUUGGCUGCGCGGGCUGUGCAAGAAGGGGGACCAGUGCGAGUUCUUGCAUGAGUACGACAUGACCAAGAUGCCCGAAUGCUACUUCUACUCCAAAUUCGGGGAGUGCAGUAACAAAGAAUGUCCCUUCCUCCACAUCGACCCCGAGUCCAAGAUCAAGGACUGCCCCUGGUACGACCGCGGCUUCUGCAAACACGGUCCCCUCUGUCGACACCGGCACACUCGGAGAGUCAUCUGUGUGAAUUACCUCGUGGGAUUCUGUCCGGAGGGUCCCUCCUGUAAAUUUAUGCACCCUCGCUUUGAACUGCCCAUGGGAACCGCCGAACAACCACCCCUGCCUCAACAGACACUGCCCCUGGCAAAGCAAAAUAACAAUCCACCAUUACAAAGGUCGUCCUCCUUGAUCCAGUUAACGAGUCAGAACUCUUCUCCCAAUCAGAGAACCCCACAGGUCAUCGGGGUCAUGCAGUCUCAAAACAACAACGUGGGAAACAGGGGACCCCGGCCGUUGGAGCAGGUCACUUGCUACAAGUGUGGUGAAAAAGGACAUUAUGCCAACAGAUGUACCAAAGGACACUUGGCCUUUCUCAGUGGACAGUGAUGGCCGCGGAAAGGCAACUCAAGGACAGCGGAGAGGGGCCCUGGACUUCGCCGUUUGCCGCCACGCUGGCGAAGACUUCAACCCCGAUCUCGGAUGAUGAUUUCUUUCUUUUUUUAAAGGCCAGUGUUGAAGAAAUGGUGGUUAGUAGCUGGCCAGCAGACAAGGUUUUUUUUUUUUUGUUUGUUUGAGGGGUCGAGAGUGGCUCGUUUCCCCUCAGAUUGUUCUUUUGAAAGCGAGCGACCUCUUUUGUUCCCUGUGGGAGAGGUGAAGUCCUCAACUUUCAUUCGAGUUUGUCCCAAAUCUUUUUUUUAUCAAGGUCCUUCUCCUUUCAGGGCCCCGUGUCCGAGGACUGCGGCGCAUUUUGAGGUGUUGGGGGACACGCCUCUUGCUCGAACACAAAUAAGAUGUCCUAUACUUGAAAAGCGGUUCCUUGUCCCUCCUGCUGCCCGGCCGCUCUUUCGUAAAAUACCUUUGCCGAGUCACCCGACAGCGAGGGAUGCAACCCGGGGACUGGACACAGACGCCUCUCUCCCCCUUCCUGCUUUCCGCCGGACGCUCCAGUGGUCCCCCGGAGCGAGGGGCAGAGGGGCCGACCCCAACCGAAAACUCGAACCCUGUUGCGUAGGAAAAACUGUCCGAUCCCGGUCCGAGUCGCAAAAGCCCGGCAGUUGCGAACAGUCUACGGUGAGAGGCCUUUACCAGGUUAAGGCAGUGUUGCUCUUGGGGUCUCGCUUUAUUUUGAUAUGGCGCUGAGAGCGAAUUGGGACCUUGUGGUGGGAGGCACAAGUCAUCUCUUUUAACUAGAUGAAAACUGUGCGAAUGGAAAUCUUGAGCGCACGCUGAAACCUUACAACCGGUUAGAAUUUUGAGGCUUCUCCAGCCUAGGCGUUUACUACUGUUGAAAUUCAAAGGAAAACACCACGUAACUGAAAUGUGCCGCUGAAAAUGUCUGUGAAACUCUCAAAUGCAAAUCUGCGGGUCUAGGGUAAGUGGGUCGACGGAGAGACUUUUUAUGAGAUUGAUUAAAAAUUUUUUUUAACGUU